UUUGCAGAAUAAGUCAUAUUACAACAUUGUUAAAAGGUGACUAUAAGGAGAAAACCUUCCAAGAUGUUGAACAUUUCGAACAUAUCAUCUGCAGCGAACAUUUCAUUGAUGAAUUCGACUCGAGCUCUGGCACAUCAUAACAAAAAAUAUGAAGCGGACCACAAAUCACUCACCAUCAUAUUCUUCAUAUUCUUUUCCUGUGCCUUGGGAGCUCUAGUGAGACAGAUCAUUCACUGCCUGAAGAUCCGGCUGCCCUACACCGUUGUAUUGUUGGUCCUGGGAGUUCUGUUUGGCCUGCUGUCCUCCAACAAUGCCACCAUCCAUGCAUAUGCUGGAGUGGUAGAGACUGACCCCCACCUCCUCCUAUUUAUAUUUCUGCCUGUCCUAAUUUUUGAGUCGGCGUUUGGGAUGGAGGUCCAUACAUUUAUGAAAACUUUCAUUCAGGUGUUACUUUUGGCAAUUCCUGGUUUGGCCAUGGCUUCACUGUUCACUUGCCUUCUGGCCAGGUAUUUAUUUACGUAUGAAUGGGACUGGAACAUAGGAAUGAUGUUUGGCUCUAUUCUCAGUGCCACAGACCCUGUGGCCGUGGUGGCUUUACUCAGGGAUUUAGGUGCAUCCAAACAGUUGGCUAUGGUGGUUGAAGGAGAAUCAUUGGUCAAUGACGGAACAGCCAUUGUGUUCUAUAAUGUCUUUGUUCAACUGGCCACAUCAGAAAAAGGACUUACUGGAGGAGAGAUUGUUGUGAAAUUCUUGCAAGUUGCCCUAGGGGGCCCUCUGUGGGGAUUCUUCACUGCAAAGAUCACUUUGUUCUGUCUUUCUCGGGUGUUUAAUGAUGCCUUGGUGGAAAUUACUAUCACUUUAGCUUCCACUUACCUAACUUUCUAUGUAGGGGAGGUAUAUUUAGGCGUGUCUGGAGUGCUGGCCACCGUGGUGCUGGGGGUCACCAUGAAUGCAGGGAAGACUAUGAUUAGCCCUGAAGUCGAACAUUUCCUCCACAGAUUCUGGGAGACAUUGGCAUACAUUGCUAAUACCCUCAUCUUCAUCAUAGUCGGCAUGGUUAUAGCAGAAAAAGCCAUUUUUGAAAUCCACGGAAUUGACUGGUUCUACAUGUUUGCUCUGUACUUCGGAAUAUUUGUUAUCAGAGGACUUGUGAUUGCCAUCUUCAGUCCCAUUUUGCGACACACAGGGUAUGGUUUGUCUUGGCAGGAAGGGAUGGUGAUGACCUGGGGUGGGUUGAGGGGAGCAGUGGGCUUGGCCCUGGCCUUGCAGGUUGCCCAUCAUGAAGAGAUUGACUCGGAAACUGUUGGCAUUCGAGUUCUGAUCCAUGUCUCAGGGGUUGUGUUUCUGACUUUGUUGAUCAAUGCUACCACCUGUUCUACUCUACUUAAAGUCCUAGGCAUGAGUGACAUAUCCCCAGCUAAAAAGAUGUCCAUGGCAAAUUCCCUGAGAUUCCUGGAGGACAUGAGAGAAAAGGCACUAAAUAUGCUGAAGUCAGACAGAUUUUUGGCUGAUGCUGACUGGGACACAGUGGAAAAGAGCUGUGAAAUCGAUGAUCCAUAUAAAACCACAGAGGAGGAGGCAGAAGUGGAGGAUUCGCUGGACAUCCGGCCAAAUGCCAUCUGUCCCGAGUGUGACUCCAAACUGCCUGCCCAGUACACCAGAAAAGAACUCCGUGAUAUGACCAACGAAGCCAUCCUCAGAAUGCUCAAAGCUGAGAAGAUGAGUUACUGGAGGCAGUUUGAACAAGGAAUGUUGUCCCGUGAAGCUGUCAGGAAGUUGCAUGACUGUACAGACAUAGCAGCAGACAAACAGGGGAAAUUCAUAGAUGUUGAUGAAAUAAAGAAAAGUUGGGAAGUGCCAAAGUUUUAUGUAAAUAUCAAAAGAUUUGUAAUGAAGUUGAUUGACGGGAUAGACAUUCCUGAGCCGAAGUCAGUGAUUCUCCGUUACUUGUACCGAGUCACGCAGCACCAUGCUUUCUACUUCACCAUGGUAUCCAUUAUCAUCAUCGACAUGGUUAAUGUGGCUUUGUCCAUCGUUUGUCAGUACCACCCAGACUGGAAGGACAAACAGAACAUCUUCCGCAGCCUGAACGUCCUCUUUGUGGCUUUGUACAUUGUGGAGUGUGUUGUCAAGGUGCUUGUUCAGAGAAAAGAGUACAUCAGGAAUGGCUGGAACAGUCUGUGUGUGGCCAUAAUCUCCCUCGGUGUGCUGGACAUCAUUGUUGGUUUCACCCUUCCAGCUGUGUUUAGAGGUGACCAUAAAUCAGUGACAAUCACUGUUGUCAUCUUCAUGCUAUUCAGGAUCAUCCGAUUAUUCAGACUUCUGGAGCCUUUGAUGCCAUUAGUGGUGAAGCUACUAAAACGUCAGAUCAGUAAACAGCUGAGCUAUGGCUACGAUGUGGGGAGGGGAUAUGUGGCUGGAGAAGAAGAGGUCAGGAAACUGAUUGACCACAUGGUGGACCAGAAGGACAUCGCCAAGAACCUCAAACAGUCAAGUGACAAUGGGCGCCUGGAUGUCAUCAGGUGUCUUGGAAUGUUACAGAAACAACACCCAGACAUUGCCCUGUCAAUCAAAACUCGUCAGGCCAUCCGCAGCGUCCUUAACAAUCUUAGGGAUGGUGUCCAUGAACUCUUGAUGGAUGGAAUCUUGGAGGAGGCAGAGGGAACCAAACUAGAAAAGAUGGUAGAAGAGAAGAUGAAAAGGUUAUUGAAUUUCCCGCCCAAUCUGCCGUUACCUCCUCCUGAAUUUAUGCUGAAGCACGUUUUCUGGCUCCGUAAUGACACCAAACUCAUCUCCUACAUCAAGAGCCAGGCCAAACUAAUCAGCUACAACUAUGAUGAUGUGAUUAUCCAUGAGGGAGAUCCGCCGGGCGGAAUCUACAUCCUCGUGUCUGGAAUGGUGCGGAUCAAUAAGGCACACCAGUUGGAGUCCACCAUACAGCCUGGGAAGCCAAUAAUCUACGAAGGCAAACCGACCAGUGGCUCAGAACUGCAGAUCAAAGCCAACCUGAUUGACUUCUUGACCUCGGGGAAUAUCAUCGGGGAGAUGGGUCUGCUUACCAAGCGACCCCGAUCAGCCACUGUCACAUGCGAAACCUCAGUACAGGUACUGUUUAUCAGUGGUGAAGACAUGGAAAAGGCAAUGUUGGAAUUCCAUGACAGUGAACCUUCACUGGAGUACAGACUGUGGCAUGUGUGUGCCAAUCGAAUCGCUACCUCCAUACUUAUGAAACAGCCCGCCUACCAGGGCUGGACUAAGGAAAAGAUAAAGUUACAGCUUGAAAACUCAUACCUCCUGGAUUCAGAUGAUAUUGACAUCUUCACAGUGGAUGCAACCAUGAGUGAUGUUGUUCUCAUCAAUGGACAUGCCCAGAAUGUAUUUACCAGAGAAGCAUUUUCAGCUCCAUGUUAUAUUCCUUGGACUGUUCUUAAACUAGAACUUCAGCCUGAGAAGGGACCUAAGACGGUACUACUGAUUGUCCCGACAGAAAUGGGUCAGCCUACCCACUCCCAGCACGUGUCUGGCCAUGACACCAAGCACGGACAUGGGGCCUUCGUUCGGUCCAUCAGCCAGCUGUGUCUGAAACAUGCCUCCAACCACCGCAGCAAAGUCAUGUCAAAGUGGAAGAUUAAUGAACAGCUUCAGAAAAUAAGGACGGUUAAGAAAAUCCAGCAAGCUAAGAGCUUAGGAAUUUUGACCAACAAAAAUGUGGACUUGUCGUCCGACCACAAAACCCAUGUCAAAUUAUUCAAUGAGGAAAAUGAAGAGCCUAAUCGCUGUAUGUACACUGGCUCUUACAAACACCAUUAUUUGACCUCUAUAACUUUGUACAUACACAGAGAGAGGACACUGUUUGCGGGAGUUCGAGCCUCGACCCCCGGUCUGUUGGAGGGGAGACCACUUCGUUCCCUGUCCAUGGAUUACCAGCCCAGUCAUUCUGAUGCUGACUUAGAACCACGAACAGUCGUGCGGCGGUCAAUUAGUGCUGACCCUGCCCAGUCUAGCAGUGGAUCCAGCCAAUCAGAGAAUAACUCUUCAAGUUUCCACAGUACUACAUCGAAUGCCAGUGUGUACAGUCCAAAUGUAGUUGAUCCAAACUUUAUUCUUCACACCAAAAUCAUUGAGGAGAAUGAAGAAAUUGUGUCUCCAGAUGAAAGCCCCUCCCCCACUUUGAAAAAUGACAGAAAGAAGAAGGAGCAUGCACACUUUGGCCCCACCCACUAUGUGGGUGAGAGAAAAGAGUUUUUAUCAGACACAAGUUCCUCUUCUGAAAGCCCAGUUUGUGAUCGAGCUGACUCGGUGAUUGACACAAACAUUAACAGUGUAAACGAAAACGUUGGAAAUCACAUACCAGAAUCAACGCCAAAUAUAGAGACAUACAGUAGUAUGGCAGACAACACACCAGACCAAUCAAAGCUGGACGGACUGACAGACGGAAUGUAUGUCUGUUCCCUGACCGUGGGAAAUGGCCAUCCAAAAUUAUCUCGGGUAGACCGAGAAGAAACCAAAUUCUGACCCACUUCCCUCAGUUAAAAUUUAUUCUAAAUGUGUCUCUAAAUCAUUUUAUAAAUGUAUGUCUCAGCUGUGGUUUCCAGUUAUGUGAUGUACAAUGUAGGAUAUAAUGAUCCUGUUAGAAAACACACACAUAUUGUACCAGAGUGAAUUCCAUGUGUAACUCUACCUGUCUGUCUAAUAUCUCCAUCUAUCUAUCUAUAGUUUGUCAUUCUAUCAAUCUGUUUAUAUUUAUCUAUCAUCAAUCUACCUGGUUUUGAAUUAUUUUUAUGAUACCUACAAAGAACAAAUUCUUAGUUUUAAUAGUUUUAGUAUGGUGUAUAUUUAGUUGUAAUGAAAUCUGUAAACAGAUGUAUUCUAAAAACACAUGAUUUAAGUUAUCAAUAGAUAUUUAAAAAUUUUGUUAUAUACAUAUUGAAAUAUAACACUUAUUGUAUACAAUAAAAAUUGUCAAGUGGA